CGUAUUAUGCAAGGCGGAAAUGGAGCCCUUCCUUUACAGCGGCUACGGCGAAGCGUUGGGCGCACGGGCUCCGCUGCCCCAGCCUGGUAGGGAAGUAGCGGAGGGGAGCGGGGGUGUACGUGGAGGGGGAGCGGCUGAGAAAUCGCGAGGUCCUCCCUUUGCAGUGGCCGUAGAAAAUGAUAUGGAUCGCGACUCCGCCGCCGAAGCCGCCUCAGGCAUGCUACGUGAGGCGCAUGCGCAGUUCCGGGAGCGACGGUUCGAGAGGGCCGAGGAGCUGUACGGCCGCUUUAUUGACCAGUGCGCUUGCUCUGGCACGAGCAGUGCUCUCAGUCAUGAACUGGCCACAGCACUUAACAACAGGGGACAGAUCAAGUAUUUGAGAGUUGACUUCUACGAAGCAAUGGAUGAUUAUACUGCCGCUAUAGAAGCACAGCCUGAUUUUGAAGUCCCGUAUUAUAACAGAGGAUUAAUAUUAUAUAGGCUAGGAUUCUUUGAUGAUGCUUUGAAAGAUUUCCAGAAAGUCUUAGAGCUAAAUCCCAAGUUUGAAGAUGCUUCUUUGAGUUUAAAGCAGACUAUCCUUGAUAAAGAAGAAAAAUUAAAAAGAACCUACUGAAGUUCUAUUACAGGUGAAACACAGUUUUAGCCCUGAGAUUGGAUUACAUGGUAAAAAUAAAGACACAACUUUUCUUUCUCUCCGCCCCCUGCCCCCAGCAAUAUGUUAUUGAGAUUAUUGUAUUGUUGAUGUUUUGAUGUGAAAAAGCUGAAUAAAAGUUCUACACUAGCA